ACACAGAGAAAGACAAACGCAGAGACAUUUACAGCUCCUUCACAGCGAUUGGGGAAAUAGGAAAUUCAUUCAUUAAAUUUGUAUAAAUUCCAUACCUACCUGGAUAUCUAGUUGUUUGAUUAGCUUGCCCCAGAAUAACCCUCUGGUGUGGCAUUCUUUUAAAUCGGUGUGUUGUGCGUGCAAAAAAGACAAACAAACAGAAAUGUGUGAACUUAAUGCAGAAAUUGUGUGACGCGGACAUCUUUGAAAAAUUGUUAUAUUGAAUGUGGUGCGAGCUACGAAAAUUAUAUAAUGUAAAUAUGUAUUAUAUUAUGUAAAUCUCCAGUGAAGUGUGCAUCGAGUACGGGAGCAGAAUCCUACUGAACACUUAAUCGCUUAAUCAAUGAUGGACCGCAAGAAAGCCCUGGAGUUGGACAAAAUCUGCCGCCUUUGCAUAUCUGAGCGAAAGGAAAUGCGUCCACUGUUCAGCGAGAAGGUGCCGGAGAUGCUGAUGGACUGCACCAGCGUGCGAAUAGUGCCCACCGAGGGCUGGCCCGACAAGAUCUGUGUUCAGUGUGUACACUCUGUGAGUCGGAAUCACGCCUUCAAGACGCUCGUCGAGCGCAGCGACAAGGAGCUGCGCGAGUACAUCACAGGCCUCACAGUGCGCAUGGCGAUGGAGGAGCAGUCGUCGGCCAAUGCGAAGCACCAGCAGCAGCAGGAACGCAAGCAGCAGAAGCUCCUGCAGAAGCAGCUCAAGCAGCAGCAACUGGAGGAGCAGUUCCAGCAGCAAAUGGCCCAGCAACAGCACAUCCAAAGAAAGCCCAAGCUGAAGCCAUUGCUGAAGAAAGGGUCGCGCCAGAUCAAGCUGCGGCACCUGGAGUCAGCAGCAGAUUCGCCUCCUGCCCAGCUGCAGCUCAUGCCAGAGCCAGCACCAGCCCCGCCACCGCCACAGCAAGCCACGCUGCAGCAGCAACUUCAGCAAAUUCAACUGCCAACUCUCCAGCAAGCCCCCACCCACAACCUGCUCUCGACCACAACCGCCGGGACGAUGCCCCAGCAGAUUCUGCUGCCCAAUGGUCAAUUUAUCACAACUGCCCAGAUCGUGGCCCCACAGCUGGCGCAGAUCAUCAGCACUGCGCCGCACGGAACGACAAACGGAAAUGGGGGCGCCCAGCAAGCACAGUUCCUGCCACAGCUCCUCCAGGCGCCCAACGGACAGACCCUCCAGAUAGUCCAGCAACCGAACGGCACGCAGACGCUGCAGCUAGUCCAGUUGGUGCCGCAGAGGAGUAUGGCGCCCACGGGCGUGACAACAGUGACCACCACCACAUCACCGGUGAACAUGGGCAACGGAACCGGCUCCCUGGUAGAUGCCGACGUGCAUCUCCUGGAAGACGGCUGCGAUGUGGAAGACGAGGAAUUCGAAGAGGUCUAUGAAAGCCUCGACAGCAAGGGUCAAUCGUUCGAGACGAUCGUCCUGGAUGAAGACCAGCACCAAGAAUUCCUGAAGGACCACCAGCAUCAGGUAUUAAUGGACGACGACCUGACCCAAAGUGAAGGCCAGGGGCCCGAAUACUUCGAUGAAUUGGAUCAGCAGCAGCUGGAAGACAGCGACUUGAAGACCGAGGAUGAUGAGGACAGAUUUAUCAUAGAGGAAAUCCAGCUGGAGGAAGAGGACCUGAUGGAUGAGGCCGACGAGACCAUAACACCCGACUGUGAAUACAUCACAGACGACGCGGACCAGCAUAAUCUGAGCGGAGAUAUGGAAGAUGAGCUGCACUACGCCAUCAUGGAGCCACCAGACGGCGAGACCCCUGGGGACCUCGAGCAACCCUUCCUGGAACCAGCAGAUGGCGAGGCCAGUGCGGACAUGGAGCAAGCCUUCAUGGAUGCGGAUGACGUAGAGCUGCACCAGCACCAUCAGGACGACAUGGAGGGGAUGGAGCUGCAAAGCAUAUCUCUGGAGAAUGCCGUGGUCGAGUUCAGUCAGGCGACGACAGACGACAACAUGGGCACCCCCACCCUGACCGUCAGCUCCCCCAGUCCCACGCCCAAGCGAGGUAACCAGUCCACGUCCACAUCGGCAACCGCCGUCACAUUGGAGCUGUGCAAUCAUCAGAGCAGUCCGCCUGCCAUCAGCAGCAAGCUGGCGGCUGCCAAUUCCCGACAGCUGGUCCAGACUGCCAGCGUCAUAGCUGCUGCCGGGGCGGACGACAACUACGAGAUCGACGCCAAUCUCGUGACGGAGUUCAUCAAACAGCACACCUCCCCGCUGGGCUCGGGGCGGUACGUCUGCCACCUGUGCAGCACGGAGUUCCGUCAGUUCAAGGGACUGCAGAACCACAUGCACUCGCACACCAACUGGAUUCGGGCGAACUGCAAGAAGCAGCCGCAGUGCCAGAUCUGCCUGAAAAGCUUCAAGGGUCCCGGCAUGCUGCGCAUGCACUUGAAGACCCACGACGCCGAGACCAACACCCCCAUCUGCACCAUCUGCAAUCGCACGUUCAAGUCGAAGGCCAUCCUCUACCGGCACCGGCAGACGCACCAACAGCGGGCCUACUGCUGCGGCGUCUCCAACUGCCGCAAGAACUUCUCGUCGGCCGCCAACCUGCGCUGGCACGUGGAGCGCAAACAUCCCGACGUGAUCGAUCCCUUCUACAAGUGCGGGGAGUGCUCCACCCUCUACGACAGCAUCGACGGACUCCAGCAGCACGUGGAGAGCACGGACCACAGCGAGGCGCAGAUAAGCGACGCCACCAGCAAUAGCAAUGCCGCCUUCAGUGGCGCUGUCAGCAUCGUUAGCAAUGGCACCGACAUGUCCAACAUGAUUGCCGCUACCCCCGGGGGCCUCGGCACCAGCGGCCCCGGGGACUCACAUGCUGUUGUCGUCGGAUCCUCAGGCGAGGUUUAUUUUGUGACGCAGGCGUAGCCCGCGGAGUAUGCCGCAGUAGGCAUGUCCGAAUGUCUGCUCGGCCUCUAGACCAUAUAGAUUAUGCAUAUGCCUAUACGUAUAUAUAAAUAUACAUAUAUAUAUAUUUUUGUACUAUCCAAAUUAGUUGUCGUACUAGUAUAUAGCACACCACACCAAACCUUCCCCACACACAAACACA